CGCCCCCGCCCCCCCCAUGGACAUGCUGGACCCGGGUCUGGAUCCCGCAGCCUCGGCCACCGCCGCCGCCGCCGCCAGUCACGACAAGGGACCCGAGGCAGAGGAAGGCGUCGAGCUGCAGGAAGGCGGGGACGGCCCUGGGGCGGAGGAGCAGACGGCGGUGGCCAUCGCCAGCGUCCAGCAGGCGGCGUUCGGCGACCACAACAUCCAGUACCAGUUCCGCACAGAGAAUAAUGGAGGACAGGUGACGUACCGCGUAGUCCAGGUGACGGACGGUCAGCUGGACGGCCAGGGCGACACGGCUGGCGCUGUCAGCGUCGUGUCCACCGCUGCCUUCGCGGGGGGGCAGCAGGCUGUGACCCAGGUGGGUGUGGACGGGGCCAGCCAGCGCCCCGGGCCCGCCGCUGCCUCUGUGCCUCCAGGUCCCGCAGCGCCCUUCCCUCUGGCUGUGAUCCAGAACCCCUUCAGCAAUGGCGGCAGCCCCGCGGCCGAGGCUGUCAGCGGCGAGGCGCGAUUCGCCUACUUCCCGGCUUCCAGCGUGGGAGACACCACGGCCGUGUCUGUGCAGACCACAGAGCAGAGCCUGCAGGCAGGAGGUCAGUUCUACGUCAUGAUGACGCCCCAGGACGUGCUGCAGACUGGAACGCAGAGGACGAUCGCGCCCCGCACGCACCCCUACUCCCCAAAAAUCGACGGAACCAGAACCCCCCGGGACGAGAGAAGGAGAGCGCAGCACAACGAAGUGGAGCGGAGGCGGAGGGACAAGAUCAACAACUGGAUCGUCCAGCUUUCAAAAAUCAUUCCAGAUUGUAACGCAGACAACAGCAAGACAGGAGCGAGCAAAGGAGGGAUCCUGUCGAAGGCCUGUGAUUACAUCCGGGAGCUGCGCCAGACCAACCAGCGCAUGCAGGAGACGUUCAAGGAGGCCGAGCGGCUGCAGAUGGACAAUGAGCUCCUGCGGCAGCAGAUCGAGGAGCUGAAGAAUGAGAAUGCCCUGCUUCGAGCCCAGCUGCAGCAGCACAACCUGGAGAUAGUGGGGGAGGGCGCCCGGCAGUGACGCCCGCCCCGCCCCGCCCUGCCGCACAGCUGCCGUCGGCCUCGGCUGCCCCUUCCCCAGCCCUUAGCACAGAGAGGGACAGACGCCCCUCCCCCAGCUGCGUUUUUUAUAGUAGAUUUUUAACAAAAACGGGGAGAAAUAAUGCAUUUCUGUGGAUACAUUGCCCACCGCCCUCCCCAACUUGGAAACGAUAUCCCCCAACACGUCUGUGUCUGUCUCGCCCUGGCACUCCUGGUGGUCUCAGCUGGAGGCGAGAGGGAGGAGGACAGUGGCCCUGCCAUACCUGCUGCCUCCUUGGGUCUCUAGAGGGACCGAGACAGGGUGCUUCGGGAAGGAGGGGAGUCUCUGGGGGGCCAUCCCUGGGCCUGGGCCUAAGAGGGAGGCCAAGGCCCACCCACCUCUUGUGUCUGGAUCCCUGGUCCCCUUUGGGUGUGUGUGUGUGUAUGCGUGUGUAUGUGUGUGUGUGUGUUUUAAUUUUCUUUAUGAAAAAAUGGACAAAAAAAUAGAGAGGUAUUUAACUGCAAUAAACUGGCCCCAUGUGGCCCCCGCCUUGUC